GAGACGUCGAGGAAGAGAAGACGAAGAAGAAGGCGACCAUGUUGAUUUAAAGCAAAGAGAAACACAAUAGAGGCGAUUUAUUUCAAGUAAAAAUCAGUUAUUAAAGCGAAUUGUAAAGGAAGCAGUUCAUCAAUCGCACACUGAGUAUACCUUGUAAAAUAUCAAAGAAACUAAGGUUACAAGUUUGAGUUGUUGGCUGACAUUGAGGAGGCAGCGGGUUGAUCACAGCCACACUCGCACACCGACCUGAAGACCUGUGGUGUCAGGAGAGAGCGGGUCGAACACCUGGAGGAGAAAGAGAAAAAGAAACACACACUGAGACUCAAAAGGGGUGAAAAGCUUUUGGGCUUUGGACUAGAAAACCCCUUGUAUUUGUGAAUUCAAUUUUUUCACACAGUGGAGUGACAUAUAUCCACACAGUGGAAAUAAACGGAGAGCAUUACAGACUAAGAUUUUGGGGAAACACUUGUACAGAGUUGGACAUCCGUUUUUUCAAGGACCGGGAUAUUGAGCAACUCUAUGGACUCAAAGUGGAAAGAGGAAAUAUUGUUCAAUUUACAAACAGAAGUUCAAGCAUUGAACUAAGAUUAUAUUGAAGAGGCUGUUCCCCAAGUUCAGAUUGCCUUAGUUGUUCUAUUUCAGGACUUGAACCGCUUUGAUACUUGUUCACAUAUAAUUUUUCUAUAUUGUGGGCAAGUAUAUUCUUGCAUAUGAAUGCAAAUUUCUCUUCAUUUUGAAGAGCUCUUGUGUAAAAACGUGUUUUUUUUUUGUUUUUUUUUGGGGGUUCUUGUACGUCAGUCACUCUGUUGUUGAAGGGGACCGAACUGCACGUACAUGUGUAUAUGUAAAUACUAUGAAUUGACUUCUGUUGUAAAAGCUUUGGACUUAAAAAGAAUAGAAAAUAUUGUUUGUUAAUGCUUUAUUAAACUUUUUUACUUUUGAAGAGAAUUUUUAAAAAGAGAAACCUAAGAGGCAAAAAUCUAAUACUUUUGAAGAAGAAGAAAAACAAAAGCAAGGAAAACAGGAAAAAUGGCAACGGCCAGAACAGAAAACAUUGGCCCAGUUGUCAUGGGACUGAACAAGCAGAAUGGGCAGCUCAGAGGACAGACUAAACCAGCGUCAGUCCAGCCAGCCCCCACAACUCAAGGAAAGACUUUGGGUGCACCCCAGAUAGCAGGUGGUGCCGCUCAGGACGGAGGAGGCAUCAAGUUUGGAGAUGACUGGAAAAAGAGCCUAAAGCUCCCUCCCAAAGACACCAGGGUCAAAACUUCAGAUGUGACAUCCACCAAGGGGAAUGAAUUUGAAGAUUACUGUCUCAAGAGAGAGCUCCUGAUGGGCAUCUUUGAGAUGGGUUGGGAGAAACCUUCCCCUAUCCAGGAGGAGAGCAUUCCCAUCGCCCUGUCUGGACGGGAUAUUCUGGCUCGGGCUAAGAAUGGAACAGGGAAAAGUGGAGCCUAUCUAAUUCCACUGCUGGAGAGAAUAGACCUGAAAAAGGACCACAUACAGGCACUUGUCAUGGUGCCCACCCGUGAGCUGGCACUGCAGGUAAGCCAGAUCUCCAUCCAGAUCAGCAAACACCUGGGGGGAGUCAAAGUCAUGGCCACCACCGGGGGCACCAACCUGCGAGAUGACAUCAUGCGUCUGGAUGAGACUGUGCAUGUGGUCAUCGCCACGCCUGGUAGGAUCCUGGACUUGAUAAAAAAGGGAGUGGCAAAAGUGGAUAGAGUCCAGAUGAUGGUGAUGGAUGAGGCGGAUAAGCUGCUGUCUCAGGAUUUUGUGGUGCUCAUCGAGGAUAUCAUCAGCUUCCUGGCCAAGAACAGGCAGAUCCUGCUCUACUCUGCAACCUUCCCAAUCAGCGUGCAGAAGUUCAUGGCCAAGCACCUUCAGAAACCCUAUGAGAUAAACCUGAUGGAGGAGCUGACUCUGAAGGGCAUUACUCAAUACUACGCCUACGUCACAGAGAGGCAAAAAGUCCACUGCCUCAACACACUGUUCUCCAGGCUUCAGAUCAACCAGUCGAUUAUCUUCUGUAACUCCACUCAGAGGGUGGAGCUCUUGGCCAAGAAGAUCACUCAGCUGGGCUACUCUUGCUUCUACAUCCAUGCUAAAAUGAUGCAGGAAUACAGAAACCGAGUGUUCCAUGACUUCAGAAAUGGACUGUGCAGAAACCUGGUCUGCACUGAUCUCUUCACCAGGGGUAUUGACAUCCAGGCUGUUAAUGUAGUCAUCAACUUCGACUUCCCCAAAAAUGCUGAGACUUACCUCCAUCGUAUUGGAAGAUCAGGGAGGUUUGGUCACCUUGGCUUGGCCAUCAACCUGAUCACAUCGGAGGACCGCUUCAACCUGAAGGCCAUCGAAGACCAGCUGGUGACCGACAUCAAGCCCAUUCCCAGCAGCAUCGACAAGAGCCUCUACGUGGCCGAGUUCCACGCGUCUGGCGCCGACUGUGAUGUGGAGGAGAUUGAGGAGAAACCAGGACGCAAACAGGACAGCACCUAAACCAGGACACACCGGGCUUUUGCACAGACAUCAGCGCUUGCACACAGGCUUCAGGCAACUCUUCAGUUUUACAUUUCUCACUUGUUUUCAGAGCCUGUCGAAUGGAUGUAAAGGCUGUUUUUUAUUUUUAAGCAUUUCCCUACCUGUUCCUCAAAGAAAGCUGCCUCAUUCUUUUUUUUUAUUAUUUUAUUAUUAAUUAAGAAACUAUAUUGUUUUGCACCAAACUCAGAAUGGACCAUGCAUCCUGCGUAUAUGAGCAAAGCAUAUUUUUCGUAGGAUUUAUCUUGGUUAGACAGCACUUGCUGUUGAAACCCAGACCGCAGAGCAAAUGUGUAUCAAAGCUGUUUUGAACCGGUCGUUCUUGGAAAAAGUUUUCAUUAUCAGCAGCGAGGUUAGUCUCUUGCUAAUGUAACAAUGGUGCACUUACACCAGCCAUCGUUUUGUCCACUUACACUGUUGUUGUCACUAAGUGCCUUACUUACUGCCAUGUGCACUCAUCCAUUCAUAGCCUGCUGUCUUCUGUCAUGCAGCAGAGUACGAGCACAAAUAUGGUGAAUUUAAUAGUAACCCUAGUUUAUUUAAACAUCCAUUAUGCAAGGGAAAAAGACAACAAUCGCACACCCUCUCCUGCUGAGAGAUGUGUUGAAACACGGCUCAAACUCCUAAAAAACCAUCCUGAAUGUGAACGUUUAUUUUUAAUGUGAACAUUGCAAUAAAAAAAAA